AUGAUCGUGAGCAGGCCAAGGAGCCCCCCACAGCGCGAGCUCGCCUCUUCACCGUCGCUGGAGCCGGCGGACCUGAAGCAAGGCCUGUGCCAGCGUCGCGCCCUGGACCAUGGUUUCGACGCACUCCUAGCCUGCGCCGCCUGCCGGGGACCCAUCAGGGAACGCUUCUACUUACAGGCUUUGGACCAGCCUUGGCAUACGGGAUGCCUCCGUUGCAGCCUUUGCGGCACAGGCCUGGAUUCACAGGCGUCUUGUUUUGCGCGAGAAGGUCGUAUAUACUGCAGGGACGACUACCUCAGGGCAUUUGUACGGUGCUGCGCGUGUGGCGCGGCGCUAUCCCCUCGUGACCUUGUGAUGCGAGUCCGUGGAGGGCUGGCCUUCCACGUCAGCUGCUUCCGCUGUGCCAGCUGUUUAUGCCCGCUGCUCAAAGGGGACGUCUACGGCAUGCGGGACAACAGCGUCUUCUGCAAGCUACACUUCCAGGACACCGCAGAAAGUGAGAGAAACCGAAACAAGCGCAUGCGCACCUCCUUCAAGCACAGUCAGCUGCGCGCGAUGAAGGCCUACUUUACUGUCAACCACAACCCGGACUCCAAGGACUUGAAGCAGCUGUCUCUUCGCACGGGCCUCAGCAAGAGAGUGCUACAGGUGUGGUUUCAGAAUGCACGAGCCAAGUGGCGCCGAAACCUGCUGCGUCAAGCGAGCCACGGACCCGAGAUUGCCCAGGACUCGAGUCCUCUCCAGGAUCUUGGCGCCACCAUCACGCUAGAGGAGCAGACUAUACACUCCUAUGCGAAUCUCUUCUGAGGCUCGACCAUGAAAUUUCUCGGAGCUUCUUUGCGAAUAUAGUUAAAUGUCACUGUUUAGAAUACCAUGACUCUGAAUAGCGCAAAUCUCCGUUCUGCAAGAGCAAAGAAUGCCGCGCAAGGUCAUGAAAUCUUAGCUCAGUUUACUGGACGUUUACUGGCACGCGCGCCAUCAAAAAAAGGUGGUGCCCUUGGUAGGCGUCCGGGUUACUAUGCUGUGUGGUCUUGGACGGACGAAAGCUCACGGGAGAAAAGGAAAUCCAGAAUUCCUUUUCGCCAAUUGAAAACCAGGUGUUUUCCCGAUUACACGCCGACAGAUGUCAGCUAAUAAUGUUUAUGCCGAUGGUCCUCACAAUUUCCACCUGUACUCACUCGGGAGGAUUGGCAG